GCUCGGCAUUCUCAACCCCGAACAUUCCAAUGGAAACUGGCCUGAAUACAACCCAAAUGGUGGACGCUCUUCCCACUCAAGAACCAGAGCAUAUUCAAUAUCAUGGCCUUCCUGUCACCGCUGAAGCAAGCAUGACGCGCGAUGAUUCGCAGACUUGGUACGCCGUGUUCUUCGAGCAAGCAGAGUGUGUGCCCCAUCGGGACGGAAAACACGUCAUCGUUCGCUGGCCAAAUCUACCGCGGGGGCACAUACAUGACUAUGGGCGAGAAUCGACAGGCUGGCCAGUGGUCAAGAUGCAAAAUGUGUACCGACGCUUGGGCGAAGAUAACGCCAGGAUUGUUCGUUACGGCGGUAUCCUUGAUGACGGCAGUCUACUCGUCGAGAGGCUGUGGCCCGGCCCGUUCGACUUCAAGCUGCCGGUAAUGACUGUCCCUGUACCUGCGAAGCGCGAUCGUAAUGACCAGACGAUGCUGAGCUUAUAUUAUCGAUGGGCUCUCCAAGGUCUCGCGGCGCUCGCCGCAUUGCACUCGCGUGGAAUAUAUCUCAGAACAUUUUCCUCUCAGAUGGUGUGGCUGCGCUCUGACUAUUCGCUCGCGCUGACCGGAUUUGUUGGCGCCGAAAUCGCCGGCGAUGAGACAGAUUACGGAGAUGGCGGCCGCGUGCGGGAAGAGCUUAUGGAAUUCGACGAGGAAGCAAUACAUGGCUGCGUCAAGGAAGAUAUCUACUACUGGGCGACGUUCGUGUGGAGACUCAUGACGAACGAUUAUACAGAUGAUCCACCCUCGGUUGGAACAGGCUGUUGGGAGCCAUGUUGUCCAGUUGAGGGUGGUUGCAAACCAUAUGAUGACAAUAGGGAAGCCUUCGACGAAAGAUUCUUGAAUAAUGUGUGGCAAGAGCUGGAAGAGGCGCGGCUGGGCAAGGUGUUAGUGAACGCGUGGAAUAGGAAGUAUACAACUGUCGACGAGGUGGCCGAGAACAUUAGGUCCAUUGCAUCGAACAUGAAUAUCGCAGUCAUUGACGAUGAGGUGGAAAUAGAUGGGAAGUGGGAGGAUGUGUUUGAAGUCGUUGAGACGGGACUACGGCCGCACGCUCGCAUUCUCAGAUUCAAAAACCCAGAAUCAGGUUUGUAGAUACACUUCGAUCUGACUGUUCAAGCAUAAUCUCAUGCACGGGGAAUGAGCACAUGCCUCAAAGUCAAGCCAAAGAUCCACUUCCAUCGACUACGACGCGCCAAUACAGUAAGUAUAUCCUGGCCACUCCAUAACAAUCACCCCAGGCGGCGGAUUUAGUGCAUAC